UUUUUAUUGCUCUUUUUUCCUUUCAUUUCAUUAUAUUUUAGUAGUGUUUCAUAUCACUCCACUUGUAAUUUCCGUCACUUAUGAUCAUUCAGUUGUGAUUUUAGAACAGUUUGUGGGUGAAUUUAAAUAUAAUUAAAACUUCUUAAUUUCCUUACCUUGGUAUGGAGAGUGCUGUGAUGAACUGGGCAAUAUUUUACUUCGUGUGGCCGCUCAGAUUUCAGAUUACGAGUUGACCAAAUUGCUUUUAGCAAAGGGAGCUGACGUUACCAGCACAGAUGAAGAAGGACGAAUGCCUCUACAUAUUGCAUGCGAUAGAACAUCUUUAGAAAUUGUAAAGCUGUUAACUCAAAACUCGCCAGCAUAUGUUCUUGAUGCAGCUCAAGAUAAUGGAGACACGCCUUUAGACAGAGCCUGCAGACGCACCUGUCCAGAAAUUGUUCAUUUCCUUUUAUCACAAGGCAGUAGUGUCUUUGUGGAUGAAGAUCAAAAACAAGGACCUCUGUUGAAUGCAGUUUUGAAUAAGGUGGAAUAUGCUAUAUCUAUUGUAUCUAUGCUUUUAGAUGCAGGUGCAAACAUUAACCACCGCGACAAGUUUAGAAAUACAGCAUUGCUCUACGCUGCACAACUGUCUGCUCUGGAGCUACAUGCUGAAGAACUAUCUUCUGUGGGAACCGCAUUUACAGGAUAUUUAGGCUGGAGAGAAAAAUGUUCCAAAAUAGAUUUGAUUAUGCUCUUGAUAGAGCGUGGAAGUGAUGUUAAUGCUGUUGGUGUAGGGAGUCGAUGUGCAUUACACUGGGCAGUAAUUUCAACGCAAGAAAAUCUUGUUCGGAAACUUAUUGUUUCAGGUUGUGACUUGGACAAACGUGACGACCAUGGACUUAUCCCUUUGUGCUAUGCAUGUCAAAAAGGAAGCAAGGUAUUAGUCGAUAUACUUAUCAUUUCUGGUGCUGAUUUAAGGGCUCAAAAUUGGGAGGUCUUUGUGAGGAAUUUCGAAGAUGAGACAACCAAUGAACUACUAAAUUAUGUUAUACAUGAAUCAAAGAAGUGUCUUGACUUAAAAUACUUAUGCUAUAGACUUCUCAGAAAAAAGCUUAGACAUUUGGAAAAAGAUGCUUCUCAUCUGGGAUUACCUCAAUUUCUUAUAAAAUGCUUACUGCUUAAAUAGGUACCAUGUGUAUAAAACUGAGAUUCAAUAAAACUGGAUUUGUUAUUUGAA